AAAUCUCGCUUCAUCAUUGCCUCAUCUCCAACGUGCACCUCUCCUGCCCUGAACAUCCUGGCCUUGAAGUAGUGUUCUGGCAGACACUCAGGAUUGUGUGUGGUGAUAGAAUACGAACAGCCCCUAUACAGUCCUACCCUACCUAUACAGAUCUACCCAUCUACUAACCCUCACCCACAGUGAGAGUGAGAGAGAACGACUGCAGAGGAAAUAUGAAGCAAGUCAAUUCAUCAGCAAUCACAUGAGAGAAGAGCAUUAGGGGGACACAGUGCUGAGGGUAGUUUAUAUAAAACUCUUCAGACAGAGUGGCAGUUAUAUAGACUACAUUAGGGGGAAACUCUUCAGACAGAGUGGCAGUUAUAUAGACUACAUUCCUGCUUGACUGAUAGUGCUGUACAAACACUAAAGUUUAACUGAUAUUACAGUAAACAAGUUAUUUAAUAUUUGUUCUUGUUUUCACACACAGAGACCAACCUGGUCCGGUAAAUGUGGAAAUGCAGCAGAUCCACAAAUCCCAUCUUCAGAAGAAGUUUCAGUGUCUGACUGAGGGAAUCACAAAGCAGGGAGAUGCCAGACUCCUCCAUGAGAUCUACACAGCGCUCUACAUCACAGAGGGGGGAGGAGGAGAGGUCAAUGAUGAACAUGAGGUCAGACAGAUAGAGAGAGCAUCCUGGAGAGAAGCAGCACGAAGCAGACCAAUCAACUGCAGUGACGUCUUUAAACCCUCAUCUGGACAAGAAAAACCCAUCAGAACAGUGCUGACUAAGGGAGUGGCUGGCAUUGGAAAAACAGUCUCUGUGCAGAAGUUAAUUCUUGACUGGGCUGAAGGCAAAACCAAUGAGGAUGUCCACUUCAUAUUUCCUCUUCCUUUCCGAGAGCUGAACCUGAUGAAGGAGAAAAAACUCAGUCUGGUGGAGCUUAUUCAGCAUUUUUUCCCUGAAAUUACAGAUCCAAGAUUCUUCUCUGGUUUAGAGCUUGUCAUGUUCAUCUUUGAUGGUCUGGAUGAGUGUCGACUUCCUCUACAUUUCAACUCCAACCCAAGGUGUUGUGAUGUGACCGAGCCAGCCUCAGUGGACGUGCUUCUGACAAACCUCAUCAAGGGGAAUCUGCUUCCCUCUGCUCUCCUCUGGAUCACCACCCGACCAGCAGCAGCCAAUCAGAUCCCACCUAGGUGUGUGGACCAGGUAACAGAAAUAAGGGGAUUCAACGACCCACAGAAAGAGGAGUACUUCAGGAAGAGAAUCAGUGAUGAGAACCUGGCCAGCAGAACCAUCACACACCUGAAGUCAUCCAGGAGCCUCUACAUCAUGUGCCACAUUCCAGUCUUCUCCUGGAUUACUGCCACUGUUGUGGAGAGAACAUCAGAUGAAUCGGGGAGGGUAGAAAUGCCAAGGACUUUGACUCAAAUGUACACACACUUCCUGAUCAUUCAGACAAGCAUGAAAAAUGAAAAGUACACAGAGAGAAAAGAGAGAGAUGAAGAGAUGAUUUUCAAACUGGGGAAACUGGCUUUCCAACAGCUGGAG